AUGCCCAAGACAGGGAAGCAAUGUCCUCAAACCAGAGAUGGCGCUCUGAACGUCCACCUCAUACCGCAUUCCCACAUGGACGCUGGCUGGGUGAAGACCUUCGAUGAAUAUUAUUACGGCACUAGAACUUCAAUAAGUACGGCUAAUGUCCAGCUCAUAUACCACUCCGUGCUUUCCGAGUUACUGCACGACAAACGUAGAAAGUUCACCUUCUCGGAGACAGCGUACUUCUGGCGCUGGUGGAAGGAGCAGCGACCAGCCACGCGCGCCACGUUCCGCGCCCUGGUGCAAGAAGGAAGGAUAGAGUUCGCUGGAGGCGGUUGGGUCCAGAAUGAUGAAGCCACCUUGGACUAUGUGCAGAUCAUUGAUCAUUUUACUUGGGGGCUGAGGAAACUCAACGAUACUUUGGGUCCGUGUGGUAAGCCCAAAGCAUCAUGGCAGAUUGAUACGUACGGGCAUUCCAGAGAACAGACCUCCUUGCUGGCUCAAAUGGGAUAUGACGGACUUUUUAUAGGUAGAGUGGACCACAGAGAAAGAGAGGCAAUGAUAGAGGAAGACAGAAUGGAGUUUAUGUGGAGAGGGAGUGAUACCCUGGGGAAAAUGUCUGACAUAAUGACCCACACGCUUUACAACCUGUACAACGCACCAGAAGGGUUCUGCUUCGACUUCCUGUGCAGUGACGAACCCAUAGUUGAUGAUCCUGAUAACCAGGCCUACAAUGCUGAAAGACGGGUUAACGACUUCAUAGCCCAGAUAGAGCGGCAGGCGAAGUAUUACGACCAUGACAACAUCAUGGUCACAAUGGGUGGAGACUUCACAUAUCAGAGUGCUGCUAACUGGUUUAUGAAUAUGGACAAAUUGAUCAAUCACGUGAACACCCAUCCCGGGAACAUAUCAGAUGUGAAUAUAUUCUACUCGACUCCAUCUUGUUAUUUGAAGGCUAUAUACUUGUAUGGACGACGGGAUAAGGCUAUUUACACUGAAAGGAACGACCAUUUACCUUACGGCAGUGAUGGGAAUACAUAUUGGACUGGCUAUUACACAUCGCGACCCAGCCUUAAGUAUUUCAUUAGGAGAGCUCACGUUUUUCUACAGGUUGUGAAACAACUGACAGUAAUAGCAAAGAUGGGAGAUUCUUUCGAGUUACAUCUCCUGAGACACGCUACCAACCUGGUACUACAUCACGACGCCAUUACAGGGACCAGUCAACAACAUGUGACUAAUGAUUUCAUAAGAACUCUAAGCGAAGCAGUUGAUGCUUGUACUAAGAAAGUGUCGAAUUUAUUAAGCUAUUUGACUCCAACUUGGGGCGGUACACGGCGGUCAAAGAAUUCCCAACAAUUCGUUGUUUGUCAUCAACUUAACAUCAGCCAGUGUCGAUUCACAGACACCCAGGAAUCAAUGCUGCUCCUGGUAUACAACCCUCUCAGCGUGAAGACAUACUUCCACGUUCGUCUUCCGGCCAUAGCUCUGCAUUACUCCAUCCGGGAUUUUAAUGAUGAGGAGGUGGAAUACCAGCUGGUCCCGAUCCCGACCGCGGUGAUCAACCUGCCUGGGCGCACCUCCACCGUCAUACAGGAACUGUGCUUCGAGGCUGAGAACAUCCCACCGCUGGGCUACGUCGCUUACUACAUAUCCCCAGUUAGGGAUCAACUGGAAGAAAAUGAAUUUGCCAAGAAACACGCUCAGAAAUCCAAGACACCAGAGACGGAUCCUAAUGACAUAGUCACCAACAACAUUGCCAAUGAGUACCUAAAAGUGACAGUCAACAAGGAGACAGGUCUUCUGGAGUCCAUCCAGCACGUGGAUGGCGCUAGGAUGGAGGUGUCGCAGAACUUCUAUUACUACAGCCAGGCGCAGCAGACCCAGCAGUCGGGGGCCUACUGCUUCCGACCAGAGAACUCCAGGCCCACUGCUGUAACCCAAAAAGUGACAUACAAUGUGGUCCGAGGAUCUAUUGUGAAGGAGAUCAGGCAGCGGUUUUCUGACUGGAUCACGCAGGUGAUUCGCUUGUACCGUGGCGAAGAGUUUGUCGAGCUGGAGUGGCUAAUUGGACCCGUGCCUAUCGGCACUGACCUGGGCAAGGAGGUGGUGACCAUCUUCAGUACAAAUAUCACCAACAGUGGACAGUUCUACACCGACUCCAACGGCCGCCAGAUGAUGAGGAGAACUUGCUGGAAUGAGAGCUCGUUGCAACAACAAAAGAAGCCAGUAUCGUCCUGCUACUAUCCGGUGACGUCACGUAUCUGUUUGCAAUCCCUCAAUACCUCUAUGGGGAUGUGUGUGCUCACUGAUAGGGCACAAGGGGGCACAUCUUAUGUGGAUGGACAGGUUGAGCUUAUGGUUCACAGAAGACUUUUAACGGACGAUGGAUUCGGUUUAGAAGAAUCACUGAAUGAAGAGGCGUAUGGAGUGGGUCUCGUUGUGAAGGGCAAACACAGAAUUAUCUUCGGGAAUCUUCGACAAGAGAUUGACGACCUAACAUUCUGGGAGCGGAUAUCAUCAGCAGCUCGGAGGUGGCAGUUCGAGCCCUGGUUGUUCAUGACGUCAGGAGACAAGGUCAGCAGGAGGAAGUGGCAGAACGUUAGGAACAAACGGUACUCGGCGCUCCGGCUGCACGGCCUGCCCCGUCACGUGCACAUCCUCACCCUGGAGCCCUGGAAGGGGGGCUCGGUCCUGCUGCGCCUCGAGAACACGCUCCUGCAGCCUACCAGGGGGAGGUUCAAGGCGGAGAAGUCGGAGGGCCCAGAGGACUACAUCAACAAGCCCUCCCACAUCACCGUGCAACUGAGGUUACUGUUCGUGCAUUUGAAGAUCAAGAGGGUCCGGGAAACCACCCUCGCUGCCAACCAGUGGUUGGACGACGCCAGACAGAUGGAUUGGAGUACCAGAUACGUAUAUCAAGGCGCCGACGAUGAGAUUCUACCAGAAGACAACGUUGAUUACAAGGAUGAGAAGAGUAACAAAUACAGACAGGAAGACGAUAAAGAAUAUAAAGAUGCAGGUCCAUAUUCCGACGAAGACGGCGAUUACGGCCGCAAAACGCAAGGAAAAAGACGUAAAAUGGACAAAACAAAAGCAAAAUCGAAACAUAAAGCUGAAUACGAAGACAACUACAGAAGAAAACGAUCAGUUAACAUCAGCGAAAACAUACUAGAAAACACUAUUAAUGGUACUUUUAAUGAUAAACUCUUGGACAGCAAGACUAAUGAACAUAACAACACUAAUAUUGCCAGCGAAACUUUAGAAACGGAUGAAGUUACAGCUAGAGACAACACUACUGUGCUUGAAUCAGAACCAUUUUUAGUCACAACUAUGGAAAGCAUUAGUUACAAUACUAGCCUCUCUGCUACAACAGAAAACUAUCUAGCAUACGCUAAAAAUUUCAAGCACCUAAAAUCUUUAGUUGUGACCAGAAAAACUUUGAAAAGAAAAAACAGUAAUAAUAACUCGAAAUGGUUGAAGCCGAAUAAGUUUUUCGCUUUCGAGAAGAGUUCGGAGGAGUUCACCUCGUCGGAGGAAGAUUUCUCUUCUAAUUUGAAGAAGAGAUCGCCGAAGAGACGAUACAAUAAAGCGGCAAAGGAGAGGAGAAAAGUGAAAGAACCAGAAGUCCAAGUCGAUGCAUCAGACGAUGGGAUAACCAAAUCUAUCUACGAGAUGUAUUAUAAGUCGUCUACGAUGCCGGCGAAGCCAAAAGUUAAAAAUUCACGUUUAGAACCGAAGAGUUCUGAAGAAAACAUUGAAGAUAUAAAAAUAAUAAGAAGAAGAAGGAAGAAUAAGAAUCGUCAAUUGAAAGUCCGACAAGAACACGACAUAGAGCCCAAAACGGAGGCGCCUAAGCCGAAAGAGGAGCAUAGUUACGAAGAAGUGACACCAACAACAAAGAUAGAGAUACAAAGAGAAAGAGAUAGAGAUUACGAAGAUAAAAGUCUAGAAGAUAAAAAGGUAAAAAAAAUGAAUAAGAGGUUGAAAAUGUACAAAAUGCCGAGGAGUAACGUGAGAGGAGGAAGAAUGCCUCUCUUCGUACAGUCCAGGAGGACAGAGAUGAGGAAAAGUGGAUAUGAUGACGAGAGUGUGGAAGAGGUGAUCGCGAGGGAGUUUUCUGAUGAAACCGGAGGAGACGUCAUAAAGUCCCGUCGGUCCCUAACCCGCAUCAGACGUGGCGACUUGUCAAUGCCGCCAGAUUACGAAGGAUUCGUCGAAGGAGAAGAAGAGAAGGAAGAUAUGGAAGAAAAGGACAAAGAUACUAAGACUGAGAGGAAGAAACGAGCCAUUCCAACAGAGGAGACCACGGACCCACCCACCGUGGAACAGACGGAGGCGCCAGAGGAACCUGAUUACAUCAUCACCCUUCGUCCAACGCAGAUACGCACAUUUAUCAUAUACUUCGAUAAACCUAGUAACUAUGGAGCCUAACUUCAAUUCGUACUCAUUGUUACAUAAUUCGUAAUG